CGGGCCGCGACAGGGCUCGGAGCACCAGGGCUCGCCCGAACCCUUUCUCAUGUGAGCCAUGUUCCCCGCAACGAUUCUCUGCCUGCUCCUCAGCGUCGCUGACGGCUUGCGUAUGAUGGCUUUGGAAGUUCCUCAGUUGGUUAUCAGCGGAGAGGAAACGACGCUGACGUGCAUUUUUGACCUAGAAGAAGACACACUCUAUUCUAUCAAAUGGUACAGGGACGACUUAGAAUUUUUCCGCUACGUUCCUAGCGACAAGCCACCGAAUCAAUUUUUCCCCCUCAAAGGACUCGAGAUUGACCUGGGACGUUCGAGCAACGGCACGGUUUACAUCCAGGAUGUGGACGUGAGCACGGCGGGAACCUACAAAUGCGAGAUAUCGGCGGAUGCACCCUCCUUCCAGACAGUAUCAGCAGAGAAAAUGCUCACGGUUACAGUGUUGAGCGACAGCGCUCGGCUCCCUGACCCCAGCGUCCUAGCGGCGAGUUUCACAUUGCUCCUUAUGUGCCAUUUCACUGUGUGGUGAUGAACGUGAACCUAACCUCAAUCAAACGGACUGUGCGCUCUGGCGCUUGAUGGAGGAUGGACAGAGCCUUCGUUGUGCGCGCAGGAACUCCAAGUGGCCUUUAACAGGUGAUUGCGCUGAGAGACUGGAAGUUGAGAAUGGAUCGUCUCAAAUCAUAUCAAAGACUACACUCACGCUCAUCACGACAUCCUAAAGCUGUAAUUUCCAACCUCCCCCCAGAGGAGUUUGGUUCUUCAUCACUGCGGAAGAGUUCAUUUUUGUCUCGGUGUAGGGCAGACAUCUCAGCCAGCUCUUUGGACUUCAAGAGACAUUCCAUGCUCAAAGAAUAUUUCGUUCAAAGGAUGUUUCUCCUGUCCUUCUGUAAUCAUUCCUCCCGCCCCCCUUGUUUUCCGGCUUUGAUGUAAAUUGGGGUUGACUGGCGUCUUUCGAAAUCUAUUCAAUGUUACGCGUUACUUAUAAAUGAGAUUUAAAGUUAGUUGUUUGUGUGAUACAAUGUGCAAUCCAGAUUAUACAGAUUCGAUGCAUGUUAUUAAAGGUAUGUAUAUAAUACUUCACCAUAAAAUUAAAAAGUGAACUCUUCCAGAA